AUGGCUGAAGAGGAAGAUUUUGCUCCAACUCAAACAACAGGUUACAAAGUUGGAGAAAAAAAAACUAUCGACGAAUAUAAAUCAUUAGAUGCUAACGAUGAAUCUUUGAAUAAAUGGAAAGCGUCGCUUGCUUCAGCUCCCUCGAACGACAAGCGACGAGUUGUUAUCCUUCAACUUGCACUUGAAGUAGAAGGAAGAGACGAUGUGGUUUUGGAUCUAUCUUCCCCAGAGGCUCUUCAAAAUGUCAAGAAUACCCCUUUUGUUAUCAAAGAAGGAAUUGAUUAUCGUAUGAAAGUUAAAUUUAAAAUCCAACAUGAAGUUGUUUCGGGUCUCAAGUAUUUACAAAUUGUUAAAAGAAAGGGCAUUAAAGUUGAUAAAACUGAAGAAAUGAUAGGCAGUUAUGGUCCUGGUGAUGACCAUUAUGAAAAGAAAUUUAUGGUCGAAGAAGCCCCAAGUGGUAUUUUUGCUCGUGGACAUUAUGAAGCAAAGGUUAGUGUUGGUUGUAAAUAA